AUGCGCCGCCCAAUCCAAACAGACACAAUACACUCAACACGCGGCGGCGUAAUCGAAAACCGCCACAGUGUCCACGCAGCAGUGACAAACACAAAAGGCGUCCUACUCUUCAGCGUCGGCGAUGCUCAUCGCAUAACCCUAGCGCGCUCAGCGGCCAAACCAGCGCAAGCACUGGCAAUCGUGGAGACAGGCGCAGUCGACAAAUUCAAUCUAGAUGAAGGCGAUCUAGCCUUCAUGUGUGCAUCGAAUAACAGCGAAGAACGACAUAUCGCUCGCGCACGCAGUAUGCUUGACAAAGUCGGUGCAGAUGAGAGCCAUCUUCAAUGUGGAGGUCAUGUUCCUCUUUCUGAUUCCGUUCAUCGGGACUGGAUUAAGCGGGAUUUUGUCCCUGGGGCUGUUUGUAGUAAUUGUUCUGGGAAGCAUGUUGGUAUGAUUGCCGGUGCGAAGGUUUUGGCUUGUUCUGCUGAGGAUGGGGUGGAGGGAUAUCAUUUACCGACGCAUCCUAUCCAGAUUCAUGUUCGUCGGGUAGUCGAUGAUGUCUGCGGUCUUGGUGGUGGUACUGGUGAUGAAUCAGUCUGGGGUCUUGAUGGCUGCAACCUCCCAGCUCCAGCUUUCGAGCUCCACUAUCUAGCGCGUAUGAAUGCUAGAUUCGCCGCUGCCGCUGAUUCAAUGGCCUCCAAUCCCAAUCCCUCUGCAUACACGGGUACAAGGACAGAAGCCAUGAGUCGGGUUUUCCAUGCUAUGUGGCGCCAUCCUGGGCUGGUCGGUGGUGAAGGUCGUUUCUGUACACUGCUCAUGGAAGCGUAUGGGGGUUUGCUUAUUGGGAAGCUUGGAGCUGAUGGGUGUUAUGGGAUUGGAGUAAGGGAGUGUGAGGCGACGAGGAAGUUGGGGGUUGAGGGGGCGCUGGGAAUUUCUGUUAAGAUUGAGGAUGGGAAUGUUGGGGUUCUUUAUUCCGCUGUCCUGGAGGUUUUGGUGCAGUUAGGCAUUGGAAUUGCAGGGAAUGGAGAUGGUGUUCCCGAUGUUUUGAAGAGGUUUCAUCGCCAGAAAAUUGUUAAUACUGUUGGUGCUGAGACGGGGGCUCUGGCUCCUUGUAUGAAGGUAAGGGCUGUUUGA